AUGUCGUUGAUAAAACGGAAAGCUCUGGACGCAGGUCUUCAAAGACGUGUAAGAGCUCGACGUGAGGCUAUUGAGGAGGUCGAAUCUUCAGACUCACCUUCGGACAAUGGGGACAACCCCGCCAGCGACGACGAACUUAAUUCAGAUUCUGGAGAGUUUGCAGAAGAGUCUGAAGGAGAAGCCCCAGAAGAAGCCGCUUCGAUAUCAUUCGGUGCCUUGGCAAAAGCACAAGCUUCCAUGACCAGGCCUGGAGGAACUACAAAACGGCCCAAAAGCACGCAGGAUGGAGAUACAUGGGAGGACAACGAAGCACAAGAACGAAAAGCUGGGAGAAAAGAUCACCGGGAUUUCACUCGACGUAGCAAGCACGCUCCUACCGAAUUAUCCAGCAAGAAAGCCAUCUCGAGAAGGCGGGAGGUUGUUCCAGUCGCAAAACGAGAGUUCAGAGAUCCUCGAUUCGAACCUUUAAGCGGCUAUGUAGAUGAGACGAAGGUCAGGGCAGCGUAUUCAUUUCUUGAUGAUUAUCGGGAGGACGAGAUGAAGGAGCUUAAGUCUGCCAUCAAGACCACGAAGGAUGAGGAUGCAAAAGAGAAGUUGAAGAAAGCGUUGAUGUCGAUGGAGUCGAAGAAGAAGGCGCAGAUGCGGAAACAGAAGGAGCAAGAGAUUCUUGAUAAGCAUAGGAAGGAGGAGAAGGAACUCGUGAAGCAAGGGAAGCAGCCUUUCUAUCUCAAGAAGGCGGAGCAGAAGAAGCGCGUAUUGUUGGACCAAUUUGGCGAACUAAAGGGGAAGAAGCUCGAUCAUGUUAUUGAAAGGAGGAGAAAGAAGCAGGAAGGAAGAGAGAAGAAGAAGAUGCCUUUCAAGAGAAGAACUGUUGAAUAA